GCUCACUGGCUUCCCGCCCACUGCAGAUGCUCAUGGUCCCUGGUGUCCUCAAGCCUCAUGUGAGAGCUGCUGCUCCGAGCUGAGGCCUGGCUCCCAGGAGGAUGCCCCAGCCGCCAGCCAGCUCCCGUCUGCACCAUGAGUGAUGAGCGGCGGCUGCCUGGCAGUGCGGUGGGCUGGCUGGCAUGUGGUGGCCUCUCCCUGUUGGCCAACGCCUGGGGCAUCCUCAGCGUGGGUGCCAAGCAGAAGAAGUGGAAGCCGCUGGAGUUCCUGCUGUGCACGCUUGCGGCCACCCACAUGCUCAACGUGGCAGUGCCCAUUGCCACCUACGCCGUGGUGCAGCUGCGGCGGCAGCGCCCUGACUACGAGUGGAAUGAGGGCCUCUGCAAGGUCUUCGUCUCCACCUUCUACACCCUCACCCUGGCCACCUGCUUCUCCGUCACCUCCCUCUCCUACCACCGCAUGUGGAUGGUGCGCUGGCCCGUCAACUACCGGCUGAGCAACGCCAAGAAGCAGGCGGUGCACACGGUCAUGGGCAUCUGGACGGUGUCCUUCGUCCUGUCGGCCCUGCCUGCCGUCGGCUGGCACGACACGAGCGAGCGCUUCUACGCCCAUGGCUGCCGCUUCAUCGUGGCUGAGAUUGGCCUGGGCUUCGGCGUCUGCUUCCUGCUGCUGGUGGGUGGCAGCGUGGCCAUGGGUGUGGUCUGCACAGCCAUCGCCCUCUUCCAGACGCUGGCUGUGCGGGUAGGGCGCCGGGCCGACCGCCACGCCUUCACUGUGCCCACCAUCGUGGUGGAGGAUGCACAGGGCAAGCGACGGUCCUCCAUCGAUGGCUCCGAGCCCACCAAAACCUCGCUGCAGAUCACGGGCCUGGUGGCCACUAUCGUCAUCAUCUACGACUGCCUCAUGGGCUUCCCCGUGCUGGUGGUGAGCUUCAGCAGCCUGCGGGCAGACACCUCGGCACCCUGGAUGGUACUGUGUGUGCUGUGGUGCUCAGUGACCCAAGCCCUCCUGCUGCCCAUAUUCCUCUGGGCCUGCGACCGCUACCGCGCUGACCUCAAGGCCGUCUGGGAGAAGUGCGUGGCCCUCAUGGCCAACGAUGAGGACUCGGACGAUGAUACCAGCCUGGAGGGUCGCGUCCCCCCGGACCUGGUGCUGGAGCGCUCCCUUGACUACAGCUAUGGGGGCGACUUUGUGGCCCUGGAUAGGAUGGCCAAGUAUGAGCUCUCUGCCCUGGAGGGGGGCCUGCCCCAGUUGUACCCACUGCGGCCCUUGCAGGAGGACAAGAUGCACUACCUGCAGGUCCCGCCCACGAGACGCUUCUCGCACGACGACGCGGACGUGUGGGCCGCCGUCCCGCUGCCUGCCUUCCUGCCGCGCUGGGGCUCCGGCGAGGACCUGGCCGCCCUCGUGCUGCCCGCCGCUCCGACUGCGCACGCGCACGCGGGCCCCCUGCGGACCGGCCUGAGCGUGUCGUGGGGCGAGCCCGGGGGCCUGCGUGCGGCGGCCGGCGGCAGCACCAGCAGCUUCCUGAGCUCACCUUCCGAGUCUUCGGGGUACGUCACGCUGCACUCAGACUCGCUGGGCUCGGCGUCCUAGGGCCCGCCGGCCCCUGCCCACGCUUUUCAGGCAGGCCGCCCGCCCGCGGGGGCCAAAGCACCAAAGAUACCACCCUGUCCAGGCUCGGGGGGCGGGGAGUGGGGGCCGCGCUGAGCCUGCCAACGGCACCUGGACGUGUGCCAGCCCUGCCAGGGUGACGGGGCGGUGGCUCUAUGCCGGCCCCGGAAGCGGACGUUGUCUGGAGGGGCGAUGACAGCCCUGGACUUCACUGGUCUCAGACCAGCCUCUAGGCACGGCAUCUCCGAGCAGAGUGAGGCUGGGCUUGGGUAAAGGCGGGCUCUGCACGCCCAGCUGCGCCUCCCCCUGCCCCAGGACAGCUGGGCUGGGGGUGGUGGGGGCUGGGAGCCCAGGGACAGAGCCACCACCAGACAGAACAAAGCCUGGCCCCGCAGGAGCGAGAGCCACCGGACUGCACUCUGCUUUCCACUCUUCACUGUAACUGUCUCACCUCAGGGGGUGGGGUACAGAGGGUCUCUAAGCACAGGGGUCUUCAGAGCCCAAACAAGCUCUCUGAGCAAGUUUCAUUGCUGACCUGUUCUGCCUCGGUUUUCCUAUCUGUGAUGAGCAGAUGACCAUGUUAACUCUCAGGACUGUUUAGAGAAGUCUCCUGGUCCAUGUGCCCUGGCCACCGAGUGGACAGGGCAUGAGAGUCUAGUGCCCUCUGUGGUUCCUUUGUAAGGGUCAGUCUUCAGUAUGUGGCCUGGUUUGGCACCAGGCCUGAGGCCUCCCACUCUCAGUGCCCCUGGCCCCCUUGGGAACUCACUCCCCACCCAGCUAAAGCACAACACUUCUGCACCAUCACUGUUGGCACCACCCCAGCUUGACCACCAUCAGCAUCCCCACCCUCGUCACUCCGCCAUCAUGGUCUACCCUCACCACUUCAGCCACCUCUGUGACUCCCACCGUGAAGGUUGUGGUACAUGGUAGAAAGGUCUGAGGCAAAGGGGGAGUGGGCUUCCUUAUUCUGGUGCCCAUCCCUGGCCUCAUCCCCCAUCCGUGCAGGUCUAGCCAGGAAGGGAUCCUGGCUUAGAGGCCUCCCAGGUUUUGGGUUUAAGGCCUGGUCCCUGGCAAGGGUCCUCCUCCACCCUGGGGGUAGGGUUCUUCUUUGCCCUCCCUCCUGGACAGAUCCCUUGCAGGCCUGAGCUUUGCCCUGGGCCCUGGGGAGGGGCAUGCUGGGUCUUCUGUGGGGGAAGACCCUAGAUUCAGGCUAAGAAGAGGCCCAGGAACAGUUGCGAUCUUGAGCUGGAGGAAUAGGGGCAGAUGCAGAGGCUUCCUCCUCCUGGCCCCUGCCUCCAUGCAGUGGCCUCUAAACCUGAAGACCUAGCGUGAAUUCUAGAGCCAGCACGGAGCCUGCCUGCUGUGUUCCCUCCUGCUCUGCAACCUGGAAUUGCAACACUGCUUCUGCCUCUCAGCAGCCAAGCCCAUCUUCUCACUCUCCAGAUAGGGUCCUGCCCCAGAAGAGGCCUCUGGGAGGGGGGAGGAUGGGGGACCACCUGGCUCCAUCUCUGCUUUGGAGGCCUCUCCACUCCCUGGCUGUGGGCUAACUUGGGGGGAUGAGCUGACCACAGGUGAGCAAGGCAGGGGACUGCAAUCCAGCCCUAGCCGUGGAAGGGGCCACCUCUGGCCAAUGCUGCUGUGCCUUCAAGGAGCAACAUGUCAUUUGGGGGCAGAGGUCAUCAGUUAGCCACUGUCCCCCCUCAGGCUGGCCCAUUUGUCACCUUGGGUUUUCACUCUGUGUAUUUCAUAUCCAAUGGCAAUACUUGCAAGGGGACGUGGUACGCUGAAGUCCCUCCAGUCCUGGUUUUUACAAAAAUAAAGAGGAGGACGCCAAGCAGAGGACCCUGGGGCCUGGGGCUCCCUCCUCACACUCUGCAUCCUCCAGGCCUUUUUGCUGCGUUGAUAAGCAGCUUGACCCUGGGCUCACCGGGAGGGAGCUCUGCUUUCCUACCACCACCCAGCCCAGAGCCAGGGAUCCGUUUGUAGUUUUUUGACAACUGAGCAUUUCUCUUCUGUACAGAAUCCAAUAAAAACUUCCUAUGAUUUGCA